AUGCUGAAAGGUAAGCAGCGAAAUGUCACAAUCUUUCCCAACGGACAUCUCGUCUCCCGCAGUUCCGAUUGGAUCAUGUACAGCGUUGAAGCAAAGAGUAUCGAUGCCGUUGUCGCCGCCUACGGCCCUUCCACGAAACUCGGCGCCGUGGUAGGCGGUCAGACGUCUACCAAGGCCCCGGAGAUUGCUGCUUUUGAAAAGCAUCUUCCGUCGGACAUUGAGAUUGUCACUUGCCACUCCCUCCACGGCCCAAAGGUGGAUCCAAAAGGCCAGCCACUGGUCAUUAUCAACCAUCGCGCAUCUCCAAGGGCGGUGCAGCUAGUGGAGCGCAUCCUCUCUUGCUUCCAAUCCAAGAUGGUGACAUUAUCGGCCGAGAUGCAUGAUCGAAUUACGGCAGAUACACAAGCGGUCACUCACGCCGCCUUCUUGAGUAUGGGUACGGCCUGGCAGGCCAACAAUCAGUUUCCCUGGCAAAUGGCCCGCUAUGUCGGCGGCAUUGAGAACGUGAAGAUCAACCUCAUGCUGCGCAUCUACAGCAACAAGUGGCAUGUGUAUGCUGGUCUCGCCAUCUUGAAUCCGAGUGCGAGAGCGCAGAUCCGCCAAUACGCCGAGAGCGUGACCGAGCUUUUUAAGCUGAUGCUGGGAGGCCAGCGCGAGGAGCUGAUAGAGCGUAUCCACGCUGCACGUACAGCAGUGUUCGGUACUGAACGAAUUGAGGGCCAAGAGCUGCUUCUAGAAGACGAUCUGCUGGAUCGCUUUAGUUUGGGAGAGAAGCCAGCGGAGCGGGUGAAGAACAAUCAAUUGGCUCUUCUCGCCAUGGUUGACUGCUGGUGGAAGCUUGGCAUCGUUCCUUAUGAUCAUAUGAUUUGCUCUACGCCGCUAUUCCGUUUAUGGCUGGGUAUUGUGGAAUACCUCUACCGCAAUGAAGAGCUACUCAACGAGUGUAUCGAGACCGGCUUAUAUGACACUACCUUCCGCUCUGACGACCUUGAGUUUACUUUUGCAGCAAGAGACUGGAGUGAACGAGUAUCUCUCGGCCACAUGGACGGCUACCGCGAGAAGUUCGAGAAGAUGCAGAACUACUUUGCGCCGCGGUUCCCCGAGGCGACGAAACUCGGCAACGAGAUGAUUCGGACGAUUGAAGCGAAUCUAAACGACCGAAGGUUGAAGCAGAAAACGCAGACUUGA